CUUCACAACCGUCAGAUCCAAAAAUCAAAGUAACCUCAAAACCCUAAAAGAGUAUACCUACCACUCUCAGCCUCCUGCUAUAUAUUUUCUCCUUAAAAACCCUAGCCCCUUCUCUCGGUUCCUCCACAGCACGAGCAGAGCGGAGACGAGACACAUCCUUAACUCGUGUUAAUUGGGAGGUUGUUAAAUCUGCUUAGAGAUGGGCGAAGAGGCAACUAAGGUAGCGGUUCCAGAGUCUGUCUUGAAGAAGCAGAAGAGAGAGGAGGAGUGGGCAUUGGCUAAGAAGCAGGAGCUUGCUGCUACUAAGAAAAAGAAUACUGAGAACAGAAAGCUCAUUUUCAACCGAGCUAAGCUAUAUGCAAAGGAGUACCAGGAGCAGGAAAAGCAACUUGUACAAUGGAAGCGUGAGGCAAGGUUGAAGGGUGGAUUUUAUGUUGACCCUGAGGCUAAGCUCUUGUUUAUUAUUCGCAUCCGGGGUAUCAAUGCCAUGCACCCCAAGACCAGGAGUAUCUUGCAGCUUUUGCGUUUGAGACAGAUCUUCAAUGGUGUCUUCCUCAAAGUAAACAAGGCAACCGUGAAUAUGCUUCACAGGGUUGAACCUUAUGUGACCUUUGGGUAUCCCAACUUGAAGAGCGUGAGGGAAUUGAUCUACAAGAGAGGCUUUGGGAAGUUGAACCAGCAGAGAAUUCCUUUGACUGACAACUCGAUCAUUGAGCAGGGUCUAGGCAAGCACGGCAUUAUCUGCGUGGAAGAUCUCAUUCAUGAGAUAAUGACUGUUGGACCACAUUUUAAGGAGGCAAAUAACUUCUUGUGGCCAUUCCAGCUCAAGGCUCCAUUGGGUGGUCUGAAAAAGAAGAGGAAUCACUAUGUUGAAGGAGGAGAUGCUGGAAACCGUGAGAACUACAUUAAUGAGCUUAUCAGGAGAAUGAAUUAGGCCUUGGCAGGUUUUUGUUAUUUAGUUGUUUGACGUGCCAGAGGGAAUCAGAGAUUUAAAUUUUCAUUUUGCUAUGGAAACAAUUAAGUGUCGAUUUGUCAUGAUGUUUGAUUAUUCUUCUAUUUUGUCUUGGGAAUUUUACUCAACUUCGAAAAUUGUUAGCAAGGUUUCUCAUUAUGUGUCAA